GCCUACUAAGACCGGGCUGACUGGUCUCUAAGGAGGGACGCCCGGGGAGCCCGUGCGUCACUGCUCUGCGCCGGAUGACUAUUUUCGUGUUCUCUUCCUUCAAUAUCUAUCUACCUCUUCCCCGCAUCCAUAGGAUCCCGGGAUAUGAGCCGGAAGAGGCAUCGCUUGGUCCCGGAGGCCUUCGGACAGAAGCGGCGGCGGGAAGGAGGGGAUGUAGAGGCAGAUCCUUUGCGGGGAGAGUCAGGGUCUGCGCGCGCGGCAGUUGCGGAGCUAGUGCGGCUGUUCCCGCGAGUCCUGUUUGAGGAUGCGCUACCGCCCAUCGCGCUGAGGAGCCAGGUGUACAGCCUAGUGCCCGACCGGACGGUGGCUGACCGGCAGCUGAAGGCGCUUCAAGAGCAGGGGGAGAUCAGAAUCAUCCAACUAGGCUUCGACUUGGACGCCCAAGGAAUCAUCUUCACUGAGGACUAUAGGACCAGAGUCCUCAAGGCUUGUGAUGGCCGCCCAUACGCUGGCGCAGUGCAGAAGUUUCUGGCUUCAGUACUUCCAGCCUGUAGUGACCUUAGCUUCCAGCAGGACCAAAUGACACAGACCUUUGGCUUCAGGGACCCAGAAAUCACGCAGCUGGUGAAUGCCGGGGUCCUCACUGUCCGAGAUGCUGGAAGUUGGUGGCUAGCCGUGCCUGGAGCUGGGAGAUUCAUCAAAUAUUUUGUUAAAGGGCGCCAGGCUGUACUCGGCAUGGUCCGGAAGGCCAAGUACCGGGAGCUACUCCUUUCAGAGCUCCUGGGCCGGCGGGCACCUGCCGCGGCGCGACUCGGCCUCGCUUACCAUGUGCAUGACCUCAUUGGGGCCCAGCUGGUGGACUGUGUCUCCACCACUUCUGGAACCCUCCUCCGCCUGCCAGAGACAUGAGGAUUCUGCUCGUCGUUGCACAGCUCCCCAGAGUGGGGAGCAAGGGGCCCAGGAGUGCUGGCCGCCCUGGCUGAGACAGGGUCACCUUGGGAAGGCUUGGGAGUCAGGAUGAGUGUUGGGCUCGCGUCUGUGCAGAGGGUCAGGUGUGACUGCUGCUGUUUACCUGGGCUCUGACCCAGUGGGGGGUUUGGGCAAUGCUUCUCUGCCCUUUCAUGGAAGUGGAGCCAGAAAUGGUGCCAAGGCCAUGGCUGCUGCCUUUCAUGCAGCAAGGUGCUGCCACUAUCCUGUCUUGGGAUAGGAAGGAGGGGUUUCUGGUGAGGCUGCCGAAGGAGGACAGGAUUCUUUUCCCUACAUGUUGGGUUGAAACUGCCAAAUAAAGUACUUCUGCCUGUGAUAUUUUCUGGAUGUCUUU